AUGGAGAUAGCCUUGGUGAGUUUUGAGAACGGUGGAGCUAAAGGGAGCAGUGGAGGAGGAAGAGGAGGAGGAGGAGGAGGAGGAGGUGGAGGAAACAAUGCCGAGGAGAGCUGCAGGAACGCGCUGGAUGUCCCUCAGUCGGGCUUCGUUCAAACUGGACUCGGAGAGGACUACGGGAAAGAGCUGAACACCCGGGGGAGUCCUCAUCACCCUCACCCUCAUCAUCACCCUCAUCUUCAUCAGAGCUCCUGGAGAAUCAACGACAUGAACAACACUUUCAGCUGCGGCGAGAACGCCAUGGAUGCGCUUUUACGCGCGGACCACAGUCCUCAUCUGUUCGACGAGGACCUGCUGGACAUGGACACGGACACGGACAGCAACGAGAGGGUGCUCAUCAACAUCGCAGGGCUCCGGUACGAGACCCAGCUGGGAACCCUCAACCAGUUCCCGGACACCCUGCUGGGAGACCCCUCCAAGAGGAUCAAGUACUUCGACCCGCUGCGCAACGAGUACUUCUUCGACCGCAACAGACCGAGCUUUGAUGGGAUUUUGUAUUUCUACCAGUCAGGGGGGAAGAUCCGCAGACCUGUGAACGUGUCCAUAGACGUGUUUGCUGAUGAGAUCAGGUUCUACCAGCUCGGGGAGGAGGCCAUGGAGAGGUUCCGAGAGGACGAGGGCUUCAUCAAGGAGGAGGAGAAGCCGCUGCCCCAGAACGAGUUCCAGAAGCAGGUCUGGCUCAUCUUCGAGUACCCGGAGAGCUCCAUGCCUGCUCGGGGCAUCGCCAUCGUGUCCGUCAUCGUCAUCACCAUCUCCAUCAUCACCUUCUGCCUGGAGACCCUGCCAGAGUUCAGGGACGAGCGAGAGCUUCCAGUGACCAGCAGGCCGGACAACAGCACGGCUCCCCGGCCCUCCCUCACCUUCACAGACCCCUUCUUCAUCAUCGAGACCACCUGCGUAAUUUGGUUCACCUUCGAGCUGUUCGUGCGCUUCUUCGCGUGUCCGAGCAAGUCGGAGUUCUCCAAGACGGUGAUGAACAUCAUCGACAUCAUGUCCAUCAUGCCUUACUUCAUCACGGUGUGCACGGAGCUGGCGGAGCAGCAGGGCCAGGAGCACCAGAACGGGCAGCAGGCCAUGUCCCUGGCCAUCCUCAGGGUCAUCCGCCUGGUGCGGGUCUUCCGGAUCUUCAAGCUCUCCAGACACUCCAAGGGGCUCCAGAUCCUCGGGCAGACCCUGAAGGCCAGCAUGCGGGAGCUGGGGCUGCUCAUCUUCUUCCUCUUCAUCGGAGUCAUCCUCUUCUCCAGCGCGGUGUUCUUUGCAGAGGCGGAUGAGCCGGAGUCUCACUUCUCCAGCAUCCCGGACGCGUUCUGGUGGGCCGUGGUGACCAUGACCACGGUGGGCUACGGGGACAUGAGGCCGGUGACCGUCGGGGGGAAGAUAGUGGGCUCUCUGUGCGCCAUCGCCGGGGUGCUCACCAUCGCGCUGCCGGUGCCGGUCAUCGUGUCCAACUUCAACUACUUCUACCACCGGGAGACGGACCAGGACCAGUCCUCCCUGAAGGACGAGCCCACCAGCGGCCGCAGCAGCCCGGAGCCGAAGCGCAAAGGGAGCAAAUCCUCCGUGAAGUCUCAGCAGGACGAGGCCACCGAGGCGGGCGCGUCGGUGGAGAAGGCCAACAUGAAGGCCAACAGCUCGGACUUCAAGAGGUCACUGUACGCGUUCUGCCUGGACACCCGGGAGACAGACCUGUAA